CAGGUGUCAAAUGGAAGUGUUUGACGUAAAUAUUUUUUUUAUUGAGACAGACGUACAGUUUGUAGUUAAAAAUUUGUACUUCGUUUUCAUUGCAAAAUUAAGAAUUUUCGUUCGAAAAUAGUCUCCGAUCGGAAGCUAUGAGUCAAUAGCCAUAUAAUGCAAAUUUCUAAACCAUGUCAUUGAUCGAAGGCAUUGGAGACGAAGUAACAAACUUUUUUGUUAUCAUUUUCUCUUCGAUAAUAUUGUACUUCGCUUGGAGAUCAACUAAUGUUCGCGAAGAGCGCAUUCCUCGCAAUUUGAUUAUCAUCGAAAGUAACCGGCGUCGUUUGUUAGGUCGUGUUGCACAAAAUCCCAUAACAAUUAGCAUCCUGCAUAGCACAUCACAGCAAUCAACGGUGUCUAAUGAUAUUGAAGAAAUUAAUACGGAAGACGAGAGUUUAACUCCCGAUGACAGUGAAUCGAAUGUGCCAAGUAAUAUUCACAUUCAAGAGGCACCUACUCUGGAAGCAAUUUUAGACGAAGUCGGUGAACUCACCAGCGGUGGCACGUUUACACAAAGCAAUCGUGACCAAGAACAAAUCGAAAUCCUACGAGAAAUGGAUCGUGAUGACACGGAUGGUAUACGGCAUCGGCAUACCACUGCCACCACUGCAACACAGUCCAAUUUAACCGAUACGGAUGCAUCGGAAUUAUCGUCGACGGCGGCCACAUCGUCCUCGUCCACGUAUACGCCAACAAAUUUAGCAACAUCUGCUUCGAAAAGCCGUUUGAAUCAUCAAGAUAGCACCGACAAAGCAGCAAACACAGAGAAUUGUACGAAUGAAAAUAGCGAAAAUGGAAAUGUUUUCGAAGAUUUGCCUUAUGAUUCGAUCGAACCCCCUACGACUACAGCUGCUGAACCAGCUGUAGCAGCACCGGUCGAUAGUGCACCACAAAUAGAGUCCACAGGAACUGAAUUUCGGAUAAAGCUUAAGUACUUAAAUGAUGAAUUGAAGCUGGUGAAAGGAUGUCCCAACGAAUUUAUCGGCGAUUUCAAAAAACGAAAUUUUACCGAUGAACUGUCUGGACAGAAAGUAGUGCGUCUAGUUUUCAACGGGCAUGUUCUGCAGCCAGAUACAAAAACAUUGAAAGCCUGUGGACUAUUUGAUAAUUGUGUCGUUCAUUGUCUCGUACACAAUCCGCGACCAUAUUCCAAUUUGACAACGAAUCCAGGAAAUAACUUAGGUGAACAAGAAAACCACAUUUCAGCCGGCAUCAGUCUGGACGGUGGAAAUAAUACAGCAGCUGGACAACGCUUACUGUUUAUUGGAAUGGUUUUCAUUUGCUUAACGCUAGUGUUUUGUUGGUAUUUCCGGAUCCAAUAUUUUCAUCUGUUCUCCUGGUAUUCAACCAUCGGGCUAACUCUGUUGACUUGUUUGUUUUUAAUUAUAAUUCCAUUGCUAUACCUUAUCGAACGCGUUCCUGUCAAUUGAACUGGAUGGGAUCGAACGUAAAUGUUUCGGUUUUACUUUCUUUAUAUAUAUAUGGUCUUGGUAUCUAACGCAGCAAAGAUUAGAUCAUUAUGUGAGUGCCUCUUUCGUUCUUCUAUCAUUUCACGUCUCUUUUAUUUAAUUUAAAAUCAAAAAAAAUGAAGAAAAUUUGUGAAAAUAUUUUUUGAAAAAUGUGAAUAAAAACUAAAUUCGGAU